UCCAGAGAGAGAGAGAGAGAGAGAUCCCGCGGUGCGAAGACAAGCUUCAGAGCUCGACCCCGAUGGUUCUUUCUCCCUUCCCUCACUCGGUUCAGUGGAUCUAAGAUAAAUAUUUCAGCUCCUUUGCCUAAGAUUUGGUUCUACUGGACUGGACUUGAUCUUUUUAGGUUUCUUUGGCUCGAGUUCGAUCAUCAAAAUGUGGCCUUUGUGCUCAUCUAUGAUUGAGAAGUGGUUCUGGGUCGGGCGCGUACGGUGACCUUUUAGUUUGGACCGAGGUUCUCGGAGAGCAUUUGGAUAAUUGUUCAUGUUCUCUAGAUUAUUCUCCCCCAAUACUUGUUCUUUUCGUUUGAAUAGUUGUCCGGGUACAUUUAGUCGUCGGCCUGUUUCCUUGUUGAGGAAUGUCUACAUUUGGGAAUCAAAUCCCGGAACCUUUUUGUUUGACCGGCUGAUCUUUAUCCUUAGCUUCAUGUUCUUUGAGUUCGUCGAGGAAUUGCGGUUGUUACCAUAAAGAAGGAAUUCCAUUCGGUAUAAUUUUGUAUUUUUAUUAGUCUUGGCCGCUGUUCUUUGUUCCUGAGUUGAUAAAGCUGGAUGCUUUUCUGAUAAAUUAGGCAUCUUUUCGGAGGUUUGUGCUGAAUGGCCAACAGAAACAUACAACAAUAUGGGCAUGUGUGCCGGAAACGCUUCCUUUUUAGUCUCUCCUUUGCAAUAAUCCUGGUCCUGCCCUACCUCUUCUUCUGGGAUUAUGCUGGAAAACCAGUAGUCAACCAUGUAUUGCCAAAAGAAAAGAUCUUUUCCGUGAUUGAGAACCGAGGUAUCCCUGCAAGAGACCAUGAUGCUGAACCUUCGUCGUUCAGGGAGCCGUCUUUCUUGGAUCAAUUUGGAGCAACAGAUGAAGAGCCCGAGCGAUGUCAUCCAAGCAAAGCGCUUUUGAAGGUUUUCAUGUAUGAUUUGCCUCCUGAGUUCCACUUUGGUCUUUUGGGUUGGGAUGGUGAUGGCAAGAGUGUGUGGCCUGAUAUACAGACCAAAAUCCCAAAGUAUCCUGGUGGAUUGAAUCUUCAACAUAGUCUUGAGUACUGGCUGACUUUGGAUCUCUUGUCUUCAAGAUUUCCCAACCGGAGUGGCCCAUGCAGUGCGGCGAGGGUUGAGGAUUCCCGAGAAGCUGAUGUUGUGUUUGUGCCUUUCUUUUCAUCGUUGAGCUACAAUCGGCAUUCAAAGGUCAAGCCACCUCAAACAGUUAGUAUAAACAAGUUGUUGCAGCAGAAGCUGGUGCAGUUUUUAACAGCUCAACAGGAAUGGAAAAGAUCAGGGGGGAGAGACCAUAUCAUAAUGGCACACCAUCCAAACAGCAUGUUAGAUGCUCGGUCGAAAUUGUGGCCUGGCAUGUUUGUUCUUGCAGAUUUUGGCCGGUAUGCUCCCCGCGUAGCUAAUGUGGAGAAAGAUGUAAUUGCUCCCUACAGGCAUCUGAUCAAGACAUUCGUUAAUGACUCAUCUGGCUUUGAUGAACGCCCUACAUUAUUGUACUUUCAAGGAGCUAUCUACAGGAAAGAUGGAGGAUCGAUCCGACAAGAGUUAUUUUAUCUUCUAAGGGAUGAAAAAGAUGUACACUUUUCAUUUGGAAGUGUCGUUGCUAAUGGGAUAAACGAGGCCAGUCGAGGGAUGCAUUCUGCAAAAUUCUGUCUAAAUAUUGCUGGGGACACGCCAUCUUCCAACCGACUAUUUGAUGCCAUAGCUAGCCACUGUGUCCCAGUCAUCAUCAGUGACGAUAUCGAGCUCCCAUAUGAAGAUGUACUUGACUAUUCCAAGUUUUGCAUCUUUGUACGCACAUCUGAUGCUAUCAGAGAGGGUUUUCUAAUAAAAUUAAUCAGAGGAGUAAGUCGAGAGGACUGGACCCGGAUGUGGCAAAGGUUGAAGGAGGUCGAAGGCUUCUUCGAAUUUCAGUACCCGUCUAAGAAAAAUGAUGCCAUUCAGAUGAUAUGGCAGGCAGUGGCAAGAAAAGUUCCAGCAAUUCGGCUCAAAGUACACAGAUCAAGGCGAUUCUCUCAGUUCAAUACACAAAGAUAGGAUGAUAAGCAUGUUGUUUAGGACAUGAUCACCGAGUAGAGUAAUAGUCUUCACAUUAUUUUUCAUCCCACUCAACAGAGAUGGCAACAUUAUAUUUUUCAGAUCUUGGAACUUUUGUGUAGUGAGAGGAUAAACUGUUGUAUUCUAAAUACAGAUGUCUGAGAACAGUAGGACAUUAACAGGUGGGAUCAUUAUAGUUGCUCACUUAUUAGGAGAGGAACACUGUUAAUAUCUCUCAAAUUUCAUCCUGUUAUGAUCUUGUUGUAACAGCUACAAUAUGGCCACAUUGGUCGGAAACCAAAUAAUGUGGAUUUUAUCAUCUCCAUGAUGUUAAA